CUUUCUCUCCACCCAAAGAGAUCUUGGAUGAAGGUGCAAACGUGAGUCAGACAAGCAAGAAGUUAGCAACUCAUUUCAAUCCACUUCCUAAGGAAAUAGUGGGAGUUUGUCCUAUGUACAAUAAAGAGGUAUUUUUUUAAUUGAAGAACCAAAACUGACUUUGGAUCUUUGACAAAGUGAAAACAGUUGAAAGUAAAAGACAACGAUAGAAAGCAAAAGUUGAAAAAUAAGAUCUCUCUUUUUUGGCACCAAUUGCAGCAGAAUUAUAUGCAUUUUUUCCCGUGGAACUGUACAUUUUUGCAACUAAUAUAUUUCAUCAUAUAAUUUUGCUCUAAUCAUAGUAAUAUAUUCAUGAAUAACAAAAGGAAUCCAAGUUUGAAGGAGGCAAAUAUUUCUGAAGGAUCUGGAAGCAUAUUUUACUGUCACUGAAGGAAUGGACAUCUUGAACCUGUGUGGAAAAUGCCCCUUUUAAAAGAAAACAAAGUGGCAAAGGAAAACUUGUGUUUGUGAUUGAAAUCUCACAGGAAUUUGGUCUCAGUUGCACUUUUAACCUCAAAAAGACCAUGAACAAUUUGUUGUCUCUGCUCUGUCAUUAUUCCUUGCUGAUUCUAUUUCAAUCUAAAUAUCAGGUCUAUGGAAACAAUUCACGGCUAUCCAAAAACCCAGGGUUUGAAGUUUUACAGACAGCGUCCCACUACUGGCCCCUGGAAGAUAUGGAUGGAAUCCAUGAGUUUCGGGAUACAAAUGGAGCUCUAAGAAUCCACAACUUCACUGUGCUUCCUUCCCAUAAUUCUACCUUUGUAUAUACCAAUGACUCUGCCUACUCUAACUUCUCUGCAACCGUAGAUAUUGUAGAAGGAAUGGUCAACAAAGGAAUUUACCUCACUGAACAAAAAAGAGUUACCUUUCUCAUCUUUGGAAACUCCCAAAACUCUUGCAUUAGUAAUCCAGAAAUGUGUGGACCUGAAGGAGUAACAUUUUCCUUUUUCUGGAAGACUCAGGAGCAGCAGGCUAACUUUCCCCCAGCCUAUGGUGGACAGGUCAUUUCCAGUGGUUUCAAAAUCUGCUCAAGUGAAGAUGAAGGCUCUCUGGAAUUUUAUGCCCGUGGGAAUUCAAUGAAGUGGGAGGCAAGCUUUAGUCCCCCAGGUCCUUACUGGACUCAUAUUCUCUUCACGUGGAAAUCAAAAGAAGGUUUGAAAGUCUAUGUCAAUGGAACUCUAAACACCACUGACCCAAAUGGGAAAGUUUCCUACAGCUAUGGGGACCCCAACGCAAAUCUGCUGACAGGGACAGAGAAUGAUCAGAGCAAACGCUAUGUGAACGGGGCUUUUGAUGAGUUUGUCAUUUGGGAAAGGGCACUCACCCCCAAGGAAAUUGAACUAUACUUUACAGCUGCUAUCGGCAAGCAACUUUUGCUUCCUUCAACACCUCUGUGGCCCAUUAUGACAACCACUACAAAUCCCAUGCUCUCCACAGAUGCCUAUCAUCCUAUCAUAACUAAACUGACUGAAGAGAGAGGAAACUUCCAGUACCCAGAGGACCUGCUCCACUACCUGGAAAACAUAUCACUCAGUUUACCCAACAAAUCCCCAUCGGAGAAUACUGCCUUCAACCUGACAGAGGCUUUCUUGAAAGCUGUUGAAGAUUUUCUUUUGUUACCCAGCUGGAUUGGCAUAUUGGAGACUGCUCCUGUUGUUGGAGGUUUAAUCGAAACAAUUGACAAUGUGAUGGUGCACAUGGCCUGCAAUCUGGGAGGAAACCCACUCGUUGUAACCGUUGACGGCUCAUCAACUGUAGCAGAUUACUCUUUGGUCAAAAUGCCUCCUCACACUUUGAAUUUGUCUCACUACCGCUUCCCAUCACAAGGACGGAGUUAUAUUUCUAUCCCCAGUGAAGCUUUUCAUAACAAAGCUUGGGUUACCAUUGUGGGCCUUUUUUACCAUAACAUGCACCAUUUCUUCCAGAACAUCAACCCUAUGGACACCAAGAUCGCCGAGGCUGCUGCUUAUAAAGGUUACAUGAUCUCUGCAAUGAGCUAUAUUAUUUCCCUGAAGGUGGAGCCACCACCAACCUUGUCUCAUAAUCUGUCAGGAUCUCCUCUUAUUACCAUUCGGCUCACCCAUAAAUUGACUCCUCAGCAGUACAGCCAAGCAGUGAAUGAAAGCAACAAAGUUAACCUGUAUUGUGCAUUUCUGGACUAUAGCAAUGGAACUGCCAUGUGGUCUAAUGAAGGCUGUGUGCGUGAUGGUGGGGACCUCAACUAUUCAAUCUGCCUGUGUAAUCACCUCACCAACUUUGCCAUUCUGAUGCAAGUGGUACCCCUGAAGCUGACGACUCAACACCAGAUGGUGCUGUCAUCCAUCACUUACAUCGGCUGCUCCCUGUCCAUCUUCUGUUUGACUAUCACUCUGGUCACGUUUGCUAUACUGUCCUCUGUCAGCACCAUGCGUAAUCAGCGCUACCACAUCCACGCCAACCUGUCCUUUGCCAUCCUGGUGGCUCAGAUCCUGCUUCUCAUCAGCUUUCAAUUCAGCCCUGGAAUGGUGCCUUGCAAAAUCUUGGCCAUUCUCCUUCAUUUCUUCUUCCUGAGUGCUUUUGCUUGGAUGCUGGUGGAAGGAUUUCAUCUCUACAGCAUGGUGAUCAAAGUGUUUGGGUCAGAAGAGAGCAAGCAUUUAUACUACUAUGGGAUUGGAUGGGGGUGCCCACUGGUGAUCUGCAUCAUCUCUGCAGCUUCAGCCACGGACUGUUAUGGAGAAAGUGGAAAUUGCUGGCUUUCACUGGAGAACGGCGCAAUCUGGGCUUUUGUGGCCCCGGCAUUGUUUGUAAUUGUGGUCAAUAUUGGCAUUCUCAUUGCUGUCACCCGAGUCAUCUCGAGAAUCAGCGCAGACAACUAUAAGGUGCACGGAGAUGCCAAUGCAUUCAAGUUGACAGCUAAGGCAGUUGCUGUAUUGUUACCGAUCUUGGGAAGUUCAUGGAUCUUUGGAGUUCUAGCUGUCAAUGACCAUGCAAUAGUAUUUCAGUACAUGUUUGCAAUAUUCAAUUCCUUGCAAGGAUUUUUCAUCUUCCUGUUUCACUGCCUUCUGAAUUCAGAGGUUAGAGCCGCCUUUAAGCACAAAACCAAGGUGUGGUCCCUCACCAGCAGUUCCAUUCGCAACAUCAAUGUGAAACCCUUCAACUCUGAUAUCAUGACUGGGAAUAGGCCGGGUACAACUCCUACAAAGAUGAACACCUGGGACAAGAGUACUAAUUCAGCCAAUCGGAUUGAUUUAUCAGCAGUCUGAUAUUAGACCCAGAUUCUCUCUGAAAAUCAAGCCAUACCUUCAGGACCUCCAAUACAGCGUCACCAUUAUUUUCUCACCAUUAAUGCCAGUAGGAACUGCUCUUCUAAUCACUGCCUAAUAAAUUGGAAAUUGCCAUAUUGUUUUGCCGAGUAUGUACAAGUCUGUCCUCAUCUGCCUCCCUUCCAGUGUGUAAUGCAAUCUACCACUUGGCUAUUAGCAAUAGCUGCAGAGUAACUAGCACUACUAUACACUGGAUGGUUUUGUCAAUGGCGAUGACAACGCUAGGGAUGGGAAGGUUAUUGCUAUCUAAAUCUAAAGGUCAAGUAUUUCAGGAAAGAUGCAUUUUUGUGCUCUGCAAAUGAAAUGCUUCCUAUUGUGAUGUUGUAACAGGGCUAGUCUUGUUUAGCUGUGUACUCUCUGUUUACAUGUAAUAUCUUAAGUAAUCCAAUUAUCCCAGUGAAGCUUAUUAACACCACAUUCUGCCAACAGGCAUUUUAUUGGAACACUGUAAAGAAGCCAGACCUUGAGGGGGGAAAAAGAAAAAUUCCAGCCAUUCGGCCUGCUCUAUAGACUUGGGACCUAUGAAGCAGAUAAACACUAUGUCUAUAUACACACAAACAACGUGUGCAUAUUCAAAAUAUAUAUAUAUAUAUAUAUAUUGCACACACACACACACACACACACACACACACAGACUGCUAACUUUUUAGAUAUUCCUUUUUCCAGAUCUGCAAUAUAUAUAAAUGGCUCUGACUGCCCUGCUCCAAUCCGCAAUGUUAGUUUCAGUUAAAGGGUGAUUUCUGUCUGCUGACAAACCAUAAUAGAAGCUAGUUGUCUCAGUCUUUCAGAUAGAUCAACAACGGUCCAUCACACGCAUUUCACAAAUGAAAUUGACCUGUAGCUUCUGGAAAUCAAAACCCACACUGUGACUUAUCUUUCUCCUUUUAGUGGUCAGAAUGAGACACUGAAUUCCAACAAAAUACUGUGAAGGUAGCAAGGCUGCAGAUGGGUCUGUGUAUUGGUAUCUACAGACAUAUUUUAAACAGACCGCAAAACAGUCUUUUGUGAUUUAAACUCUACUCAGCAUUCAGCAGCUUUUGCUUCCAAUACAAUUCUGUAGUAUCUUUGGGGGCGGGGGGACUCAUUUUUCAUUGGAGCAAUGUCUUCCUGGUUCUCGUAGACUGUGUCAGUCGGUAAGUCACUGAAGGUAGUUUGGACACACUGAGGCAGACCCUCAGCCACACUUUGUUGUGCCCACCCAGCGAGGUUGGUGGGGAGAGGACAAGGUGGCUUUUGCCACUGACAUGCCCCUAUUAUCUUAAGGCUGGCCAGGGGCUAAUUUGGCCUCAAAAAUAUGCAUCUUGCUCUCUUUGCUCAGCAACAAUCGUUCCAAAGAGAACAUUCCACCAGCUCAGUCUGCUCAGACCAAAAAGACAUUGUUGCCACGUCUUCUUUCUCCUCGCCACAUCUCUAACACCCCACCCCCAACGCUGCCCCAUCUCACCUGGGGAUUCCCCUUCAGUAGGCAAACCCCCAAGUAGUUUGUGCUUGCUUUCCCAAGGCUUUGUGACACCAGCUGUAAGGGGGCCAAUGAUUUGACCCAACGUUUUCAAAGUAUCUUUCCCCACUUAAUUGAAUGUUUAUACUUUCCACAGUUAAGGCCAAGGCUGAUCCACUGAAGUCAAUGACAAUCUCCCAUUGACGUUAGUGGGAGUUUUAUCAUUGAUUUAAGGGGACCGGGAUUUGUUCCCUAACUAACUAAAAAGGGAACCACAUUCUGCAGUUAAUGCAUUAACUUAAACAAAUUUACUCCAGAUGUACACAGGCAAAACAGAGCAGAAUUUGGCCCACUGUGUCUAUCAUAAAUACUUGUAAAUACAGACAUUUAUUAAUUCUAAUCCUGUGAGCAGAAUAAUUCUAUUUUGUUGACAGCUAAAUGUAAAAGCAGGGAAAGAAGAAAGCUAAAUACUGAAGCGUCUCUCUCUCUCUAUUGGCUUUUGUGCAUAGGCUUGCUCUUAGCCCUUUGAGCAUUGGAAUAAUUAUUACAACGGUGUAAAUACAGCAGACCCUUGUGGAAAGAGAAUGUCUGUUCCAAGAGAUACAAUAGGAAGAGCGAUUGGAAUAUAUGGAAGCAGGUUGUUGUAACAGAACUGUACUGUGAGAACAGAGUUCGAAGUGUCUGUGUUGUGUGCUGAUAAAAUAUUUAAACAUAUUUUUGAUACUGAAGCACAUUUUUUUAAAAACUGUGACCAUGGAUAUAGAUUUUAACCCUAUUAGGCGAUCUAUUAGGCGAUUUCUCUUCUAGUCAUUACGUUAUAGUAAAAGUGAUGUUGUGAAUGAGUCAUAGGAAAUACAGGGGUUUUAAAAAAACCUGGAUUUUUAAAUAUUUAUAAUUCCCACUGUGCCAUUUUCUCACUUUGAAUGCAACUCCUUUGCUAAAUUUAUAGCAGUCACCUAAGUUACUGUCAGUAGCAAUGAUUAUCAUAGAUCCAUUUGAAAAUAACAUUUGACAUACAGUACAACAGCAUCUACUAUAAAGGGUUAAGUCUAUUUUUUUAUCCAGGUAUAACAUAUAAUGUGGUCCCCAAAAUACAUCAAUAGACUCAAUGAAUCAUAAACAUGAUUUUUAAACACUUUGGAAUAUGACAUAGAUGUAUUAUAUAAGGAGUGAACAUUUAUUAACCCAUAUGUAUUGAGACCUAUUGAAGAUACUGCAAUGUUUUCCAGUACAUAACCUUUGUCCCAUGCUUUAUCUGUGCAUUUUGAACAUAAAGUAGUAUAUCUUGGUUAUGUCACGUGAGUUUAGGAGUUAGAACACUGUAUUAUUAGUAAUGGGAAUGGAGUUCCUUUUGUUUGCUUCUUUAGUUUCUGAUAAAGCAGUAAAAAACCACAAGCAUACUGUAAAUGUCCUCCCUCCCCCCCCAGUCUGUUCAUCUUCUUUGAUUCUAUGUAUUUUUCACAGUUUUACUGAAUGCAGAAAAUAUACUGAAAUAGAAAUGCUUGAAAUGAAUCUUCAAAAAACCCUGUUCUUAUCCUCAGUCUUAAAGUAUGAAAAUCAUGCAGUUUAUUUAUGGGCUUGUAUAUGGCAGCUUUUGCAGUAUUUCUUCGGGACAACAUCAUUUUCUUAAUGGUAUGAAAUCUUAAUUGAAUGAGAUGUGAGUUUUAAAUUAGAUGAUGUAGCAAGAAUGAUUUUGCAAGUAAGUAAUAAUAAAAUGUUUUUUUUUUUCCAAAAUAAAACAAAACAUCUUAAUUUUCUAACAAGA